AUGCCCCAAAUGCUGGAUUUGAUCCCCUGUCCUCAAGAUGCUCAUCCUGUCUACGCCUCUCCGGCGGUCCUCCUCCCCCUGGAGCCCAGAAAAGUCAUGCUGUCUGGAGUGAAGCAUCACAUCUAUCACCCCCGCUUGCCAACAUUAAGGCAGAUGGAUAUGGACACCCAAGCCUUCAAGCUCACAGACGAGCAUUGCAGGACAACCACCACUUGCUGCAAAGAUGAUUUUGAAAAUGCAACGUUCACCUUGGCUGGAGCGCCCGUCCAGCGCCUCCCAUCCCUGGGUAUGACAGAGCUGGGCAGGUCAUUGACCCAAAAGUACCGAGCAGGGAAGAUGACGCCUUUCUUGCCCAGCACCAACCAGGAGGAAUGGCCCAGCUACACCAGGGCUAUGGACGACUGGUCUCGCUUCGUCUCCAGCGCAGGAGAGUUCAAGGUGCCCAACUUUAGCAAAAAAGUUCUUGGUUUCAGCUGUUAUGCCGUGAGGUACUUAAAACCCGACGUCACGCAGACCUGGCGGCAAUACCUACAGGAGCUUUGGAUCAGCACACAGGUUGGCCUGCAAAGGAGAAGGAAAGGGACCCACAUGGCCCAGUCGCUUGCCGUAGCCUAA